AUUCAAUAUAAAUACAAAAAACCAAACAAAACGCGAAUCUAAAAAUUCUCUCCCUUUUUUCGCUGCUCGUGACGUCCACAACAACAACAACACACCCCACCCACAACGUGUGAAUUGUGAAAAGAUUUGCAAGUUGAAAUUAUUGCGAGGUGGACGAGUGAAGGGACUUCAAGGCCAGAGCCAUGCACAAAUCCUAAACAUGGCUGUCAAAUAACUCAACACGAAUACACAAUACUAGAAAUAUAGUAAGAAAUAUAGAGAAAAGCCCCACAGAUCGAAAGCAACGUCAACAACAAAUUACGUGGAGUGGAACAUUUUCAAAGCUCAAAUUUCCGAAUAGCAGCAAAGGGGACAACAAACAAAUUAAGUAGCCAAGGAGUUGGCCAAGGCGGCGCCUGUCAACCGCCUUAAAGCAGGCAAUAGUUUAGUUUAUUUGGGAUCGGGUGGCAACGCCGCAAAUUAACGGCUUGAAGGCAAGCAAUUGAUGACACUACUUGGGCCUAGCGCCCCUGGCAUGGCCUUUAUGAUGAAAAAGAAAAAGUACAAGUUCAAUGUGGAGGUCCAACUGCAGGAUCUGGUCGAGGUGGCCCUGGUCAAUGAGGUGCUCUUUGCCAAGAUACGUCUACUGGACGGUGGCUCCUUUCAGGAGUACAGCAGUCGCGAGGAGGUGAAGAAUCAUCGCGUCGAGUGGAAUCGUAGCUUCGAGUUCCUGUGCAAGAUGAGCGCCAAUGCCUCGACUGGCGUUUUGGAUCCCUGCCAAUUGCGCAUCUCGAUACGUAAGGAGAUGAAGGGCGGUCGCAGCUAUUACAAACUCGGCUUUAUCGAUCUAAAUCUGGCCGAAUUCGCUGGCGCAGGUCUCACAUCGCGCCGAUUUCUGCUCGAGGGCUACGAUUCGCGCCAUCGCCUGGAUAACUCCAUGCUGAGAGUUAGCAUUAAAAUGCAUAUGCUAAGCGGUGAUAUACUCUUCAAGGCUCCCACGCCUAGCCUGAAGAGCAAGCCGAGCAAAGCUACCGCUGAUGAUCUUGUUAAUGAUGGCGCCUGCAGUGGAUUGCAAACGCCAACGGCUACAGCGCUCUCCAGCAUUGGUGGUGCCAGCAGUGGUGGCUCCGCCAUUCCCCUGGGCGGCAGUGGCGCCACUUUGGGCGGCGUUGCCAUCCCAAUGACUGCGCCGGGCACACGCCCCGCCUCCAGCACAAAGGAGGAGGAUCUCGACGUACAGGCAGUGAUAGCGGCCAUUGUCACAGACUCUGGUCUGUCCGAAUCCUCGGAAUCGGGUGUCACGUUGACCACGGAUAAUCUGCAGCAGCAUGUGAUUGCCUCGGCCAGUGCCACCACGCCAGUCACCGGCACACAGACGAUGCUCGGCCUGAGCGUCAUUGGGAGCAACAAUUAUGGCACCACUGGCGUUAGCACCAGUGCUGCGGGUGGCGGUGUCGUCAGUGGUGUGAGCGUUGGUGGUGGUGUGGCCGUAGGCGUUAAUACCGCUACGCUUAUGGAAAUGGGACACUCCAGAAAUUCCAGUAAUACUAGUCAAAUGUCAAAAGGUUCGGGAUAUAGUAGUUUUUCGCACAGUCAACAUUCGAGGCAGAGUUCCGAGGGAGACUCGGGGCAUGCUAGUCGAUUUAGAAAAUCCGUUUCUCUACUCAAUAGACUCAAUCAGAGAGCUAUAAAUGCCAUGAAAUUGAAUAUACCAGCGUUGAGGCAAAAGCACAAUGCAGAACAGGUUCAAGGCCUCGGCCUGGGCCUCGGUCUGGUGCAGGAGCAUCAAGUUGGCCCCGCUGCCCCAAAGACCCAGCCGGCCGAGCAUCAAGUGACUGUCAGCCUGAGCACCACCAUCGAAUAUGUGAGCGAGGAGCUGCUCUAUCAGACGCCCAAUGCCACAAUGAAUUCCAGCGAGCACCAUGUUGCCGGCUACGAGGACUUCCGCACGCCGAUGGCUGAGAUGCCGUUGCCGCUGUUGCUGCAACAGCGGAACACACAUUAUCAAUACGAUAGCGGUGACACAAGCUCAUCCGAUGAGUAUCCGCAUGAGGACUCGGGGGACAAUGACUCGGGCCUCGAGGAGAACUAUCACACUCCGCGUGUGGCCAAAAUCAAAUCCAUGGAGAAUUUAUCCAUACUCGAAAUGGAAUUUCACAAGGCCUCCAUGGAGCUGGAUAGGAAUUCGCCGCGUCGGCUCAAGCAGCUGGCGGAGCAUGCACAAAUACCCAAAAUGAAAUCGCUCAACAAUCUCUGCUUCGACGAUUACUCUGAGGCGGCGGUGCGAGCGGAGUUUCAGCGCAUACGCGAUCAGUCGGUGGAAGAACGUUUGCGUAUUCAGCAGUACAAUCAUCUGCAUAUCCAUCAUCCCCUGCAUGGCUAUAAUCUGCGCAAGAGCUCCACCGCAUCGAACGGGUCAUCGGGCAAACUGUUUGUGAAGCAUCAAACGCAUCAGCAUCAAUUGAAGGUCGGCAAUGCCAAGUUCAUUGGUCAGGAUGGCGGCAGUGAUAGUCCGCUGCCCACAAAUUAUCCGAUACAAAAGAUGCGCUCCAUGGGCACCAUACCCGAUGUCCUUGGCGAACGCAUCGAACCGGAUCCAUUUCUGACGCCCACCUCCGAACGCCGGCCGAGCUUCAAUCGUCUCAUACAGUCCGCUGACAAACCGGCCCUGGGCACCAGCUAUGUGAAUCGUUUGCUCACCUACGAUGCUGUCGACUCACCGGCGGACAAUUUCACAAAUAACGCAUCGUUCAUGUCACGCACGCCAUUCGAGCGCGCCUAUCGUCGCACCAUGUUGCAGGGCACCUCAUCCACGCCACUUUCCAGCGUCACACAGGAGCAGCAGCAGCUAAUCACCCAGUCACUGGUGCGGCCACAUUCCACGAAUGCUGCCUACGAGCUUAUGAGGAAUCCCAGUUCCGGUUCGUUAGUUAUAAGUGAAACAGGAUCUCUAGAUCGGACGAAAAGCAGCGGCGAGAAACGCAAGAAGGGCGCCCUCGAUGAUGGGCCCCGAGUUUCGGACCGAGUCGAAGAGACGCGCGUUAAUCCCAACUCUUUAAUCGAUGAGAUAUUGAAGGAUACGAAGCUGGAUCAGUUGGGCGAGUCAGCAGAGACAUCCGGCCUACAACUGUAUAUAGCGCGCGAUGGCACCGCCUCUUUGGGCGGACAUGAGGUGAAGUCGAAUGUGCGGGCGGGCGCCUUCAAGCAGGUCGUAAUGCAGGAUCGGAGAUAGUAGCGAUUCAACGUAUCCUGUGUGUCUGUGUCUGUGUCUGUGCGCGUUUCGUAAAAUGUAUUAGAAGACUAAAACAAACCCACAACAAAAUGAAAAGCAAAAACAAAUACAAAAACAAAAAUAAGAUGAGUUUUGAAGUAUAUACAUAAAUGUAAUGAUUAAAUUUUUACAUGAUAUCUACUUGCAAGCUAAAAGUGAGAGUAAACAUAUAUAGUACUACCUAUAUAUGAGUAUGAAUAUGGCAUGUAUGUCAUGUCAAAAGUACACUACUAUAAAUGUAACUAGCUAUAUAUAUAUACACAUAUAUACAUAUAUAUGCCUAUAUACCGAUAUAAAUAAUGUGUGUGUGUGUUAAGCGUUUUGUUAGAGGAAAACUAGAAAAACAACAGCCACCCAUGCCUUACAACACAAUGUUAACAAGCGGGUCUCCCGCUGUGGAGCGCUGUGUGUUAGCAUUUUAGGUUGAGCUGUUUGCUGUUUGAACUUCUGGAAGUUGUUGGGCUUUCGAAAGUCGGUUUCGACUUAUAUUUUACAUCAAGAUAAUCAUUGAAUUGUAUUUGCACAUUUUUAUUUAUUUUUUAAUUGUUUAACAGCGUCCAACACACUUCCGAAGUCAGUCAAAAACUAACACAAAAUUAAUUGUAUAUUGUGAAAACCAAAAAUGAUCUUUUGAAAUUUACUAAGAGAAAAAAGCAUUAAAUUUCUUGCACUUUAAAUGUAUAUAGAAAUUAGAUUAAAAGAUAAAUAAAUAAUAAUUACGUACAAUUUCAAAAUUAAGGAAAAUACUUGCAACCAUAAUUAAUUUAUUGCUUCCAACAUAAAUAGAAAAAGAAUAAUAGAAAAUCAAAAAUUCUCAUUAGUCCAAGACAAAAUGCAAAUUUGCUUGCCACGCACAGAAAUACGCAUACACAAUUGAAGAAGAGAAUCAAUAAACCUUCCGUUGAGCUAUAUAUUCACAAAUGCCAUAAUAUAUGUACGCUGCUUCCAUUUGAAAAAAAAAACUGAUCAAAGAAAACGAUUAGAAGAAGACCCACAGCGAAAGUUGUAUCCAAUUGAAAUUGCUACGCAAAUUGUUUGCAGCAUACAAGAGUUCACAAAUUAUUAUUAUUAUGCAUAUUUUGGAGAAUUUUUUGAAAGUAAAGUUUGCAUUUUGCUUUUGAAUCUUAAAUACAUUGAUAAUAGUAUUGUUCAUUUUGGUUAAAUUCGAUUCUUUGCGAGUAGCUAGUAAUAUAAAUGCAAACCAUUUUUGUAUACUUUUACAAUUAUCCUCAACAUUUCAAUUCUGCAACUGAGAACUUUUAUGUAUAAAAUAAAAAUACAAAUUUGUGUUAACAUUAAAACUAAAACAUAAAAAUCAAAAUGCAAUUAGUUGUUAGCUUAGGUCUUAGUUCUGUAAUGAUGAGUGUGUAAAAUUGCUUUAGUUAUUUUUUGAUAAUUUGUAAAAAGUGAAGAGAUACAAGCCAGGUAGCUCGAGAGCUAGUUUUUUAAAUUGUAUAUGAUGAAAAAUAAAACAACAAAGAAAAAACAAAA